GCAAAGAAGCAUGUCCCAUUUAAAUACACCCACGCAGCCCCAGCGCCCUUAGCCGAUCAGGGCGCGCAGCCCACACGCACCGCGGCUCCGGGCUUGGAGGUCCGCGCAGGUCGGGCUCCGGGAACCCGCGGAUCGACGCUCACGGAAGAUCGGAAUCCGACUCUGGUUGGGGGCCCGGGUGGGCGGGGGAGGCUGGGCCCCGGGCCUCUCUGGCGGACAGCCGCAUGAAGACGCGAGCGAAAUAGACCAGGGUGGACUUGCCAAGGCAGACUCUUCGGGCUGGUUUGGUCCAUUUCUCCCGCGAAGAGUCGACAUGGCGAGCGACUCCCCAGCUCGCAGCCUGGAUGAAAUCGAUCUCUCCGCCCUGAGGGACCCUGCAGGAAUCUUUGAGUUGGUGGAACUGGUCGGAAAUGGAACGUACGGUCAAGUUUAUAAGGGUCGUCAUGUCAAAACAGGACAGCUUGCAGCCAUUAAGGUUAUGGACGUCACGGGGGAUGAAGAGGAGGAAAUCAAACAAGAAAUUAACAUGUUGAAGAAAUAUUCUCAUCACAGGAACAUUGCAACAUACUACGGUGCUUUCAUCAAAAAGAACCCUCCAGGCAUGGACGACCAGCUAUGGUUGGUGAUGGAGUUCUGCGGUGCUGGCUCCGUCACUGACCUGAUCAAGAACACGAAAGGCAACACACUGAAAGAAGAAUGGAUCGCAUACAUCUGCAGGGAGAUCUUACGGGGCCUGAGUCACCUGCACCAGCACAAAGUGAUUCACCGAGAUAUCAAAGGGCAGAAUGUCUUGCUGACUGAAAAUGCAGAAGUUAAGCUAGUGGACUUCGGAGUGAGUGCCCAGCUUGACCGAACAGUGGGCAGGAGGAACACAUUCAUUGGUACCCCCUACUGGAUGGCACCAGAAGUCAUUGCUUGUGAUGAGAACCCAGAUGCCACGUAUGAUUUCAAGAGUGACUUGUGGUCUUUGGGAAUCACCGCCAUUGAGAUGGCAGAAGGUGCACCUCCCCUCUGUGACAUGCAUCCUAUGAGAGCCCUCUUCCUCAUCCCCCGGAACCCAGCGCCUCGCCUCAAGUCUAAGAAGUGGUCAAAAAAAUUCCAGUCAUUUAUUGAGAGCUGUUUGGUAAAGAAUCACAGCCAGCGACCAGCCACGGAACAGCUGAUGAAGCAUCCAUUCAUUCGAGACCAACCUAAUGAGAGGCAGGUCCGCAUUCAGCUGAAGGACCAUAUCGACAGAACAAAGAAGAAGCGGGGAGAAAAAGAUGAGACUGAGUAUGAAUACAGCGGAAGUGAGGAGGAAGAGGAAGAGAACGACUCCGGGGAACCCAGCUCCAUUCUGAACCUGCCAGGGGAGUCAACACUGCGGCGAGACUUCCUGAGACUGCAGCUGGCCAACAAGGAGCGCUCAGAGGCCCUGCGGCGGCAACAGCUGGAGCAGCAGCAGCGGGAGAAUGAAGAACACAAGCGGCAGCUGCUGGCUGAGCGCCAGAAGCGCAUCGAGGAGCAGAAGGAGCAGAGGCGGAGGCUGGAGGAGCAACAGAGACGAGAGAAGGAGCUCCGGAAGCAGCAGGAGCGGGAACAGCGCCGACACUAUGAAGAGCAGAUGCGCAGAGAGGAGGAGAGGAGGCGCGCGGAGCAUGAGCAGGAAUACAAGCGCAAACAGCUGGAAGAGCAGAGGCAAGCGGAAAGACUUCAGAGGCAGCUAAAGCAAGAGCGGGACUACCUGGUUUCGCUCCAGCAUCAGCGGCAGGAGCAGAGGCCCCUGGAGAAGAAGCCCCUGUACCAUUACAAGGAGGGCAUGAGUCCCAGUGAGAAGCCAGCCUGGGCCAAAGAGGUAGAAGAACGCUCAAGACUAAAUAGACAGAGUUCGCCUGCCAUGCCUCACAAGGUCGCCAACAGGAUCUCUGACCCCAACCUGCCUCCAAGAUCGGAGUCCUUCAGCAUCAGUGGGGUUCAGCCUGCUCGGACACCCCCAAUGCUCAGACCUGUUGACCCCCAGAUCCCACAGCUGGUAGCUGUAAAAUCCCAGGGACCUGCCUUGACCGUCUCCCAGUCAGUGCACGAGCAACCCACAAAGGGCCUGUCUGGGUUCCAGGAGGCUCUGAAUGUGACCUCUCACAGGGUUGAGAUGCCACGCCAGAACUCAGAUCCCACCUCAGAAAACCCUCCUCUCCCGACUCGCAUUGAGAAGUUUGACCGAAGCUCUUGGUUACGACAGGAAGAAGAUAUUCCACCAAAGGUGCCUCAAAGAACAACUUCUAUAUCCCCAGCAUUAGCCAGGAAGAAUUCCCCUGGGAAUGGCAGUGCUCUGGGCCCCAGACUUGGAUCUCAACCUAUCAGAGCAAGCAAUCCUGAUCUCCGCAGAACAGAGCCUGUCCUGGAGAGUCCCUUGCAGAGGACCAGCAGCGGCAGUUCCUCCAGCUCCAGCACUCCCAGCUCCCAGCCCAGCUCCCAAGGAGGCUCUCAGCCUGGGUCACAAGCAGGAUCUAGUGAACGAACCAGAGUUCGGGCCAACAGUAAGUCAGAAGGAUCACCUGUGCUCCCCCACGAACCUUCCAAGGUGAAACCAGAAGAAUCCAGAGACAUCACCCGGCCCAGUCGACCAGCUAGCUAUAAGAAAGCUAUAGACGAGGACCUGACGGCAUUAGCUAAAGAAUUAAGAGAACUCCGGAUUGAAGAGACAAACCGCCCUCUGAAGAAAGUGACCGACUACUCCUCCUCUAGUGAAGAGUCCGAGAGCAGUGAGGAGGAAGAGGAAGAUGGGGAGAGCGAGACACACGAUGGGACAGUGGCUGUCAGUGACAUCCCCAGACUGAUACCAACAGGAGGUCCGGGGAGCAAUGAGCAGUACAACGUGGGAAUGGUUGGGACACAUGGACUGGAGACCUCACAUGCGGACACCUUUGGCACCAGUAUUUCCAGAGAAGGAACCUUGAUGAUCAGAGAGACGGCAGAAGAAAAGAAGAGAUCUGGCCACAGUGACAGUAAUGGCUUCGCAGGUCACAUCAACCUCCCGGACCUUGUGCAGCAGAGCCACUCCCCAGCUGGGACUCCCACUGAGGGACUGGGUCGUGUCUCCACCCAUUCCCAGGAGAUGGACUCUGGGACUGAAUAUGGCAUGGGAAGCAGCACCAAAGCCUCCUUCACCCCCUUCGUGGACCCCAGAGUGUAUCAGACAUCUCCCACUGAUGAAGAUGAGGAAGACGACGAGUCCUCCGCUACUGCCCUCUUUACUAGUGAACUUCUUAGGCAAGAACAAGCUAAACUCAAUGAAGCGAGGAAGAUUUCCGUGGUAAAUGUGAACCCAACAAACAUUCGUCCUCAUAGUGACACGCCUGAAAUCAGAAAAUACAAGAAACGCUUCAAUUCUGAAAUACUUUGUGCAGCUCUGUGGGGUGUAAACCUUCUGGUGGGAACUGAAAAUGGCCUGAUGCUCUUGGACAGAAGUGGCCAAGGCAAAGUCUACAAUCUGAUCAACCGGAGGAGGUUCCAGCAGAUGGACGUGCUAGAAGGGCUGAAUGUCCUGGUGACGAUAUCAGGAAAGAAGAAUAAGCUGCGUGUUUACUAUCUUUCAUGGUUAAGAAACAGAAUACUGCACAAUGACCCGGAAGUGGAAAAGAAGCAGGGCUGGAUCACAGUCGGGGACCUGGAAGGCUGUAUUCAUUACAAAGUUGUUAAAUAUGAGAGGAUCAAGUUCUUGGUGAUUGCCUUAAAGAAUGCAGUGGAGAUAUACGCUUGGGCUCCUAAGCCUUAUCACAAGUUCAUGGCGUUUAAGUCUUUUGCAGAUCUUCAGCAUAAGCCUCUGCUUGUUGACCUCACAGUAGAAGAAGGUCAACGGUUAAAGGUCAUUUUUGGCUCACACACUGGUUUCCAUGUAAUUGAUGUUGAUUCUGGAAACUCCUAUGAUAUCUACAUACCAUCCCACAUUCAGGGCAACAUCACUCCUCACGCCAUCGUCAUCUUGCCCAAAACGGAUGGAAUGGAAAUGCUCGUCUGCUAUGAGGAUGAGGGGGUGUAUGUGAACACCUACGGCCGGAUCACGAAGGAUGUGGUGCUCCAGUGGGGAGAAAUGCCCACCUCUGUGGCCUACAUUCAUUCCAAUCAGAUAAUGGGCUGGGGCGAGAAAGCUAUUGAGAUCCGGUCAGUGGAAACAGGACAUUUGGAUGGAGUAUUUAUGCAUAAGCGAGCUCAAAGGUUAAAGUUUCUAUGUGAAAGAAAUGAUAAGGUAUUUUUUGCAUCCGUGCGAUCUGGAGGAAGUAGCCAAGUGUUUUUCAUGACCCUCAACAGAAAUUCCAUGAUGAACUGGUAACGGAAGAGCACUUGGCACUUAUCUUCAUGGCGUUCUUUCUAAUGUAAGAGAACAUAACUCAUGUGGACGUUUGCCAGUCUAGAGGCAGACUCAGAAGGCCUGGUUGAACAUCCUGCUUUCCCGUUUCCUCUCCCUCCGUCCCUCCCAAUAGAGUCCCUCUUUCAGUGUUGCAGCCUGGUUGAGAAGGAGAGAAAGAGGUGGCAGGAAUGUCCGGGAGAUCCCGAGGAUGCUGCAUUGUCUGUGGACACAGUUGGACCUUGUGCCCUUUGGAGUUAGGGAUAGAGACAAACAUUGUGUGCUUUUAUGAUUAAGCUGUGUUUGUGCUGGCUUUUCGGUUCUUUUGGUCUGGGAUUUUUUUAAACCUUUUUUUCUUUACCCCCUUAUUUUUAAGAAUGGGGAAAGAAUGCAUACUGGGAAAUUAGACCUUUUUGUAAUUCUGUCUGCCUGCUAGCUUUAAGUAUAUGGUAUGUUGUAAAAUUUCCUAUUCCUGGUAGUGAGAGACAGCACAAUAAAUGUACCUUAUCUCCCUGUACUGAAGGCCAUAACCCCAUUGUCGGGUAAUUUAAGAAUUCUCUUGCCUUCACCAACCCAAGAGGAUGUUUUGUUGAUUUUUUUUAAUUGCUACUGGCUAAUGAAUUUUUGAAAGAGAAGCAAAAUAGCUGGUUUUCUCCUCUCUGGGGAAAUAGAUUUUAAAUGGCUAAACUGCUAGCCUUAAUCUAAUAAACCAACUGCUAUGUUGUGAGUCUGGCAGGCCGUAUUUUGAUAUGGCCCUUUCUGGAUGGAGGGUGUUGAAUGGGACAGAGAUGCCACUGAGUUGAAUGGUCUUGUGACUGUGGAGGGACUCUGGGAUGCCACUGUCCCUCGAUUAUUAUGCAACAGAUCAGGGCGAAACAUGGGAUGACAGGUGGGUCACCCAGAAGGAGCUUCUGAGAAAUGAGCUAAUAUGUUUAUGUAAAUACACAUGCGUUCUUUCUUCAAGGCACAAAGCGCCCCUGCUAAGAGGUCCCUUCGUUUGGGCUUUGUUAGGACUGAGACUGAUGGAGAUCUUUCCUGGAGCUGGGGUUAACAUGACAGCCAUGCUCUGGAAACCCAGCUCCCUCUCAAGGGUGCCACUUUCUCAAGCUAAAAACUGUGACAAAGAAGAAUUACUAAUAAAUCUUUCUGAGCUGCCUGUGUUCACACUGGGUCAAGGAACUCAAUUCUCAAGCAGUGUCCCACACACUGCAGGCACCAACAGCUCAGACUUUAGUGGACCUGAAGACAAGGCUUUGGCCAAAAUCCUGAGACCCUAAUCACAUUAUGUUCCUCUAAACUUCCCAACAUACUGUUAACAACAUCUGUGCAGAGGUGUGUAUGUGUUUUGUUCAGGUUGACUUGUGUCCUUCUAAACCCUUACUCGAAUGAUUUGAACCUUUAUGUGACUGGCUGGGAUUCUUCCCAGAGCUAUCAGCAUGGCCGCCUAUGGUAUCCAGGUGUUGCUAAAUGGUAUCUGUGCUGUGCUUCCUGUUUUAACCUACCUCGUUUUGUUUGGUUUCGUUUCUCUGUUCAUCACAGCGGUGUUCUCUCCAGGAGACAUAUAGAGAGCUCAACUGGGCAAUCUCAGCUGUAUUGAAUAUUUCUAAAACAGUAGUUGACCAAAUUGUUCUUUAAAAAUUGGAGGGAGGAAAAAAAACUCCAAUGACAAAAACCUAAUGAGGUUUGUUUUUAAAGAAUGCGAUCACUGUAAAUGGAUCAGAAAAAAAAACAAAAAUCGUGAUCCUACUGAUUUUGCCUAAACAAAUGAGCAGCUAAUGGACUAUUAAUGAGAACGAAGCAUAUGUUAGGAUAAUGGUACCUUUUUAAUCUGGUGGUUUGGCCAAAGGGGGUGAGAAGGGGAAAUAUUCUGAGUUCCUACCUAUAGCGUAUUCUAUAGUCUCCGAGGGUGAGGUCAUGUGCAGUUAUCUGAAGCAGGUAACACACAGGUGUGCAAUGAGGGUGGCCUUCAGGGGUCCCCAGGAUUCCCCAUCAUGGUCCCUUUAGCUCUCAGAAGCAAUGAAACCCUCCCGUUCUCAUUUUUACUGCUGGGGUUAUGCUGCUGAACACCACUGUCUUUACAAAUUUUAGGGGACAAAUUCAGCAAGAGCUCUGUGUUAAAUUUAGCAACUGCUAAAAUUGGAUGCUGAUAUGAACAUUAAAUAAUGUGGAUUUGGGUCUUGUCUCCAGACGUGAUUGCCACCAGCUCUUUAUAUUGCUGCUGUGACAAUUUAAACCAGAGGCUUCUUAAAUUAUGUUGCAAACUGAUCUUCGUUUUUACGUUCUUGUUUUGUUUCGUUCUUAUUUCUACGUGAUCCAUCCAAAACACACAGCUUUAAAUGAUUUUUUAUUGUGGGACUUUGGGUACAGUUAAGAAAUAAAAGGGAAUCAUUGUGUUUAAACAUAAGGUAGUUUGUGAAUGUAUUUUUUAAAAUCUAGAUUCAUUGGAACAAAAAUCAUAAGAAAACAUAUUAAUGCUAUCUUGUUUACAGUAUGGACAGUGACGUAACAUAACAUGAGCUUUUUCUGGUGCCAACAAGACAAAAUAAAACACAGACGUUAAACAUCAA